AGAGAGAGGGCGUGUGUGAAAGAGAGGCAGAGAAAUACAUGAGGAGAGAGAGAGAGAGAGCGAGCGUGUGUGAGAGAGGGAGAGAGCGUGUGUGAGACAGGGAGAGCGCAAAUAACCCGUAAAGAUAAGUCAGGAGAGGCAGAGCUCGCUCGGGCUCCUCGGCACCACAACCCCGACCUCAACGCACAUGAACCCCGUCUCCUUUUCUGGACUUUAAUUCUCAUCAAAGAUGUGUUUACGGACUUCCCUCUGGUGUGUUGGAUUAUUUCUCUCGGUGUCUCACUGGUCCUCCGCCUACCAACUGGAUGAGCGGGGUUCUCAGGGCGCCCUGGACCUGACGGAGCUGAUCGGGGUCCCCCUGCCCCCCGCCGUCUCCUUCGUCACCGGCUUCGAGGGGUACCCGGCGUACAGCUUCGGGCCGGGCGCCAACGUGGGCCGGCUCACGCGCUCCUUCAUCCCCGACCCCUUCUACCCGUCCUUCGCCAUCACCGUCAUGGCCAAGCCCACCACGCCGCGGGGCGGGGUGCUGUUCGCCGUCACCAACGCCAACCAGAAGGUAGUGCACCUGGGCGUGGCUCUGUCUGCGGUGGAGGACGGCUCCCAGCGGGUGGUGCUGUACUACACGGACCCCGGGGCCACGGGGGGCACCCAGGAGGCCGCCUCCUUCAAGAUGGGCGACAUGACGGGCCGCUGGGCGCGCUUCACCCUCACCGUGCAGGGCUCCGAGGUGCGUCUCUACAUGGACUGUGAGGAGUUCCACCGGGUGGCGCUGUCCAGAGGCGCCCUGCCCCUGACCUUUGAACCCAGCUCAGGGAUCUUCGUGGGGAACGCGGGGGGGACCGGCAUGGAACCCUUUGUGGGUUCUAUCCAACAACUGGUGCUGAAGUCAGAUCCCGCGGCCCCAGAUGACCAGUGUGAGGAGGACGAUCCUUAUGCCUCCGGAUACGGCAGUGGAGACGAUUCCUACGAAGACACAGACGGGCUGGACGAGGUGAAGAAGCUCGUGGAGCAGAGAGACUACAAUUUGCCCCUCCCACAGCCAGAGGUGACUGACAGCAGUCCGGUACAGGCUCCGCCCACCGCAGCUUCCUCAGACGAUGAAGAGGAGGAAGUUGAGGAGACGUCUGGACAGGAAGUGGAGGGGUUGACUGCUGUGAAAGUGGGGCCCACGGUGGCAUCAACUCAAACCUCCCGACCAGACACCGUGUCUGAGGGCCAGAAGGGGGAGCGAGGGGCCCCGGGGCCCGCAGGCCCUCCUGGAUCCCCGGGCGAGGGGUCUGGCUCUGGGGAGGAGGGGGUCCCGGGACCGAGGGGGACGCAGGGGCCAGCGGGACCUCAAGGCCCGGCUGGAGCACCGGGCAAAGAUGGACAGAAGGGCGGUAAAGGCGAUAACGGAGUCUCGGGACCGACUGGGGUUCCAGGAUUUCCAGGCAUGCCAGGAGAAAACGGGGUCAAAGGAGACAAGGGUGAUCCGGGUAUGGGGUCCCAGGGCCCCCCCGGCCCCCCCGGGCCCCCGGGCAGAGGGUCCAGUCUCCCAGAGGGCUUCGGCUCAGGCUUCGAUGACUUCGACAGCGACGCAGAGAUCAUGAGGGGGCCUCCCGGGCAUCCCGGGCUCCCAGGAAACCCUGGCCCUCCGGGGCCCGCGUCAGAGGAGGUGUUCCCUGGACCUCCUGGGGUUCCCGGGAGAGAUGGAAAGGACGGAGUGGCCGGUGCAGCGGGCGUUCCGGGUGCUGAUGGUAAAGAUGGCGACCCGGGACUCGCUGGGACGAAGGGAGACAAGGGAGAGAUGGGUUUCAUUGGGACUCCGGGGCCAAAGGGGGACUCUGGCCGUGAUGGGUUCCCGGGGCCGGAUGGAGCUGAAGGGAAGCCCGGGCCGCGCGGCCCCCCUGGCCCCCCGGGGCCUCCGGGCGGGGGCUUCACCAUGGACCUGGAGGAUCUGGAAGGAUCUGGAAAGUCCAGCGGCUUUGGUGCAUUUCUACCCAAAGGCCCUCAGGGACCUCCUGGGAUCCCUGGACUUCCAGGAACUAUGGGUAAAGACGGGUUGGAUGGGCCUCCAGGGAAGACAGGAGCAAAGGGGGCGUCAGGGGCGCAUGGAGCUCCCGGCAAGCCAGGUGCAUUUGGACUAAACGGAGAUGAGGGACAAAAAGGAGACAAAGGUGACACCGGAGAAAAGGGAGGACCAGGAAGGGACGGACUCAGCCUACCCGGCCCCCCAGGGCCUCCCGGGCCUCCGGGACCAAUCAUAAACCUCCAGGAGCUGAUGCUCAACGACACGGACGGAGUGUACAACUUCUCAGGGAUGGUGGAGCUUCAGGCUCCAAAGGGCCCCAAGGGAGAUAUUGGAUUGCCGGGCGUCAAUGGACCAGCGGGGCCAAAGGGAGAGAAAGGAGAAUCAGGCGUUGUCGUGAUGCCCGACGGCUCCUUGAUGUCUGACCUCGGGGGGGUAACCGGACCUCCAGGAAUCAAGGGCGAUAGCGGUUUGCCCGGAGCGGCAGGCGUUGCGGGGCCGACGGGGCCGCAGGGGCCGAAGGGAGAGUUUGGGUACCCUGGUCAUCCGGGUCGUCCCGGGGUGUCCGGUGCUAAGGGAGAGAGCGGGUCCUCUCACAGCACGCCGGGGCCUCCUGGACCCCCCGGUCUCCCCGGCCGCCCUGGCAUGUUCAAUUGCCCCAACGGAACCGUGUUCCCCAUUCCCCCCCGACCCCACUGCAAGAACACGUGGACCGUCUACCGCCUCUCUCUCUGUCCCCUGUUAACCUGCAUGGCGACCCUUCACUGUCUGCGUCCGAGUGUUUGGCAGCGAGUGCCUCUCACUCACUGUACCGUACUAGUGGUGUCAGGCAGACUGGGGGCCCGGGGCCCAUCGAGAUCAGAGCUGAACGCGGAUGGUACUGUAAAUGGAAACUGUCCGAGGGGAGAGAAGGGGGACAGAGGUCAGCCAGGCCUUCCUGGUUGGUCUGCUUCGCAAAACUCAUUGUAUCCCGGAAGAGGCGGGCUGGGUAGCCAUGGUGACCAGGGCAUUAAAGGGGAGAAGGGAACGCCUGGGUACGCGGGUAUCCCUGGGAGACAAGGAGCAACGGGGCCUCCGGGCCAGUCUGUGCACGGCCCCCCAGGUCGGCCGGGGGUCCCCGGCUCCCCCGGCGUCCCGGGCUACGGUAGACCCGGUUCUGUUGGCCAACCCGGCCCCCCCGGCCCGCCCGGACCCCCCUCCCGAUACGGCUCAGCGGUGACCGUCUCGGGCCCCCCCGGCCCCCCUGGGCCCUCGGGGGCGGCUGGGACCUCAGGAGCUCUGAAGAGCUUCUCCACGCGGGAGGCCAUGAUGCAGCACACAGUGAGGGACGUGGAGGGAACGCUGGCCUUCGUCUCGGCCACCGGAACGCUCUUCCUCAAGGUUUCCCAGGGCUGGAAGGAGGUCCAGCUUGGCGGCAUGGUCUACCUCUCCAGUAACAUCAUCCCCCAGGACGAGCCCCGCCCGGCGUCCCAGGCCAGAGGAGACGCCAUGGAGCGAGUACGCUCCGUCUCUCAGAGGCUGACCCUGGUGGCGCUGAACCAGCCCCACUCGGGGGACAUGAUGGGCGUGGACGCGGCCGACCGCAUGUGCUUCGAGCAGGCCAAGGCCAUGGGCCUGCCGCCGCACUACCGCGCCUUCCUGUCGUCCGGGCGCCAGGACCUGCUCCACGUGGUCCACCCGCUGUCCCGGCACGCCACGCCCGUCACCAACCUCCGGGGUGAUGUGAUGUUCAGGAACUGGCACGCGGUGUUCAGUGGCGACGGAGCUCCGAUCGACGCCAGGAUACCCAUCUACUCCUUCGAUGGACGGGACGUCCUCGCUGACCCUUUCUGGCCUCAGAAGAGUGUGUGGCACGGUUCGGCCACCAGGGGUCUGCGGGUGCAGGACAAGCACUGCGAGGCGUGGCGAGCCGACCACAUGUCCGUCACGGGCCUGUCGUCCAACCUGCUGUCAGGGCGGCUGCUGGGCCAGCAGACGCGCAGCUGCUCCAACCAGUACAUCGUCCUCUGCAUCGAGACGCACAAGACAUAGGCCACGCCCCCCCCAUCUCCGCCCAGACCUUUCUGACUCCGCCCCCUCUCACCUGGGCCUUUCUGACUCCACCCCCUUUCCCCUGGGCCUUUCUGACUCCGCCACCUUUCACCAGGGCCUUUCUGACUCCGCCCCUUUUCACCCAAAACUAUGUGAGUCCGCCCUCCUCCACCUGGACCUUUCUGACUCCGCCCCCUCCCAUCUAGACCUUUCUGACUCCGCCCCCUCCCAUCUAGACCACUCUGACUCCGCCCCCUCUUAUCUAGACCUCUCUGUCUCCGCCCCCUCCCAUCUAGACCUCUCUGACUCCGCCCCCUCCUAUCUAGACCUCUCUGUCUCCGCCCCCUUCCAUCUAGACCUCUCUGACUCCACCCCCUCCCAUCUAGACCUCUCUGACUCCGCCCCCUCCCAUCUAGACCUCUCUAACUCCGCCCCCUCCCAUCUAUGUGUAUGGGGUCUAAUGCAGUGCGCAAUUAAAUCAGGAGCUCACUUCGAGUCGCCUCAUACGCAAAAGAUACCAUGAGAUUGGUGUUUUAUGUGAUCUAGUAAUUAUUAGAUUUAACAUUUAUAAUUUAUAAAAGUAAAGGUUUGAAGAUUCUCGAGAAGGGUCCUGGAUGUACGAAUAACUGAUUUACCAACGACUGACAGCCCUGAGCAAACGUCUGCCAAUCCCCUGCGUUCCCUGGAACGCUGAUAUUCAGGGCGAGACAGACUGGGAUAAAUCGAUACGUGUGGAAAGGAUUCUCAGACCUAAACAUGUCGGGACUUCAACCACUGGUUGAGUCCCACCCGCCCAAACCUCGCUCUGCGAGUCGCACCCUGUCCAGUCCCACCGGGCGGGCAUUCAUGUGCCUUUUGUGUGUGUGUGUGUGCAAUGAGACCAAACACUUUGAGAAUAUGCACCUACCAUUCAUGACACCCGAGUCCAGUGUUGCUGGCAGCCUCAGUGUUCUUUGUAGCUCCUGGAUGUUAUAUUUUUUUUAAACUGUUUCAAGCCUACUUACCCGCAGUGGGACAAACAGCAGUGACACCCUAAACCAAUGGAUCAAUAAGGGCUUGAAGAGGUGUGUUCAUCCACAAAGCAAAACGUGGGCUGGUUUGGAGUGGCGGAUGAUUUUUUACAUUCGUCCUUUUUACGUUAGGUUUAAUGAACAACCCACACAAAUCAUAAGGAUUUAUUAAUAUCACUGCGCCCCCUGUCUGUGGAAGGUGCACUCACAAUUCCAAUAUUUACCACCUAAUUUUGAUGCACUGUAUUUUAUCUGUUUCUGUACUUUUUUCUUUUUUACAAAUCUUUUUUUUCUAAUGUUUUUUUGUCCUUUUCUACUUCUAGUGAUCUCGACCCUCAAGUACGUUUAACUAUGUGGGAUAUUUAAUUUAAGAUUAAAGAUUUAUUUAUGCCAAGACCACAAUUAAUGUUUAACCAGAUUGAUGACAUCCACAAUGUAAUUUAUCGUUUGUAGCUGUUUGUUUUUUCAUAUCUUUUGUGAAAUUUUGUCAAAUUGAUCUUUUGCGUUCUGCCUCUUUACUGCAAUUGUUUUAUGCAAAACAUUCCUAGAAGAAUCACAAAAUCCAAAGGGAACCUUCCGAGCCAUCAAAUGUUAUUUCACCCAAGCAAUACCAAAGAACAAAACUAUGACAAUAUUUACCUUUAAGGCAGAAGUAUAAGAGCAUAUGUUUUUGUACAAAAAUUGGUGCUUCAUCAAGUAAAGUUGUUGUUUUUUGUAACCUG